GCGACUUCACAGAGCAGUAAAGGUCCUUCCACUUGGGGACCUCGCAGGGCAGCCUCUGGUCCCGGAGAUACACAUGUUCAGGAUCAGGGUGUCCAACCUGGCAGACCGUGUUUUGUGUGCAGUGAAUGUGGAAGAACCUUCAGGUACAAAUCUUUACUUGCUAUCCACCAGAGAUUCCAUACUGCGGAAAGACCUCAUGAGUUCGGCAAAGGUGGGAAAUCCAUUAGGCAAAGGUCUAUCCUUAGUCAAAAUGGAAGGACUCACACUGGGUCCAGGCAGAACACGUGCAGCAAAUGUGGGAAAUCCUUCAGCCACAAAUCUAUGCUCAUUCAUCCUGGGACAGGGCACAGCAGAGGAAAUGAUUCUGUUUGCAGUGUAUGUGCAAAAUCUGUUAGCCAUAGUUCAGUUUUAAUUACUCAGAAGGUUCAACCUAGAGAGCGGCCUUACAAGUGUAGUGAUUGUGCAAAAUGUUUUACCUCCAUCUCUGCUCUCGGAUAUCAUCAGAGAUCUCACACAGGGGAAAGGCCUUAUCAGUGCAAGGAGUGUGGGAAGUCUUAUAUCUCCAGUACUGGCCUCCGUUAUCAUCUCAGAGUUCACACAGGAGAGAGGCCUUAUAAGUGCAGUGAAUGUGGCAAAUCUUUUAUUUCUACUUCUGUCCUCCGUUACCAUAGGAGAAUUCACAGUGUCGAAAGGCCUUAUAAGUGCCAUGAAUGUGGGAAAUCUUUUUUCUCUAGGUCUGACCUCCAUUAUCAUCACAGAGUUCACACUGUAGAAAAGCCUUAUCAGUGCAAUGAAUGUGGCAAAUCCUUUCUCCGAAAAGAUGGCCUCAGUGGACACAUAAAGGUUCACUCUAAUGAAAGGCCUUAUAAGUGUAAUGAAUGUGGGAAGUCCCUGAAGUGGAAGGCAACAUUCAUUAAACACCAACGGGCUCACACAGGAGAACGACCUUAUGAGUGCAGUGAGUGUGGGAAGUCUUUUACUGCUAGUUCUGCCCUCCGGUAUCACCGGAGAGUUCACACUGGAGAAAGGCCUUAUGAGUGCAGUCAUUGUGGUAAGUCUUUUACCACUAGCUCUGUCCUCCGUUACCACCAGAGAAUUCACACUACAGAGAGGCCUUAUGAGUGCAGCGAGUGUUGCAAAUCUUUUUUCUCGCUGUCUGACCUCCAAUAUCACCAGAGAGUUCACACUGGAGAAAGGCCUUAUAAGUGCAGUGAAUGUGGCAAGACCUUCCUCCGGAAAAAUAGCCUCAGUGAACACAUAAAAGUUCACUCAGGUGAAAGGCCUUAUAAAUGUAAUGAAUGUGGGAAAUCUUUGAACUAUAAGUCGACAUUCAUUCAACACCUGAGAAUUCACACAGGAGAAAAGCCUUAUCGCUGCAGUGAGUGUGGGAUGUCUUUUAGUCGUAGUCGUGCCUUCCGGUUUCAUCGUCACUGUCACCUUGGAAGAAACCCUUAUGAGUGUAGUGAAUGUGGGAAAUCAUUUACUAGUAAUUCUUCCUUCCUUUUACACCAGAGAAUUCACACUGGAGAGAAGCCUUAUGAGUGCAGUGAAUGUGGCAAAUCUUUCCCCCGACGAACGACCCUCAAUUUACACAUCAGAGUUCACUCAGGUGAACGGCCUUAUGAGUGUAACGAAUGUGGGAAAUUCUUGAAGUAUAGAUCGACAUUCAUAAAACACCAGAGAAUUCACACAGGAGAAAGGCCUUAUGAGUGCAGCGACUACGGUAAAGGAGUGUGA